UGAUUAAUGAGUGAGUUUGUUUUAUUUACUUUAUUAUUUCUCGAUAUUGUUUUUCGCCUAUUUUUAUGGAAGUCGAACGAAAAAACAAUUCCGAUGAGUACAUCGAAUUUUUGCAAAACCAAGUUUCUCGUCUGAACGCUGUAUUAAGUGUUUAUCAAAGAAAAUACCUUCCCGUGCGAGACGAAGAAGUAAAGUCUGAAGAUCCACUUCAUCCAUGGUUAUCUGACUCCAGUGUUCUCUCGCCGCUUCUGGUCGAGUACGAUAACACCAUUCGAAAUCUAAAGAACGAAUUAGUCCAGUACAAGAAAGAACAAGCAUCUUUGAAAGAAAGAAUUUCCGAAGUUGUUCAUGAAAAUGGAAAGAUGUUGCAAGAACGCCGUUUGGCCCUAGAGCGCGAAAUGGGAACGGGAAAGACUGGUAUGGAACAUGAGAAAACAAUUGUUGAUUCCAGCAUUUUGAAUAAUGUACAACACCAACUGGAGAUUGCAACGAAGGAAAGAGAUUAUAAUAGCGAAAUGCUAGAAAAGACCUCACAAGAACUGGAAGAUCUGCAUCGCGUUUACAAGGAAGCAACAGAGGAACUUGCGAGUAAGCUUGAUGAGGCUAAGUAUCUGCAGAACGAUUUGUUGAAAGCACGUCGAUUUGCAGAACAACUACAAGUUACAAACAGAAAAUUGCAAGCGGAAUAUGAUCAGUUCUUGACAACUGCUAAAGCUCAAGAUCACGAAGUUGAAUCUGCACGGGAUGAUAUCAGGCGAUACAAAACCGAGGUUAAGGCUUUGUCCUCGGAAAAUGAAGAUCUAAAGCGCAGGUUAAACGCAUUGCAAGGACAAACGAAAUUACGGGAGAAAGAUAAAGCCUUGUUGAACAGUAAAGAACAAGACGUAGAAUCAAGACUGGAAGAGUACAGGACGAAGGUUAUUGAACUGGAGUCAAGGCUUGUUAGCGCGUUGAGUGUGUGCAAACGAGUCCAAGAACAAAAUAACGUGCUCGAAGAACGCGUUGAAGACCUUUUGAAAAAGAACCUAGAGCAAGAACGUGUUGGGUAUGAAGCGAGCAAACAUGUGCGAGAUAGUAUGCAGUUGGUAGAAAACGCUGUUCUUGAACGUGAUCAGGUUUUGGUUAGAGAGAAGCAGAAAACUGAAGAGGUUAACCGACUCCAAGAAGUUAUUCAGAAGUUACUUCAUGAUGCCGGCACAAAAACAAAACUAGAAGUGAGCAAAGUCAAGAAUCAUUGUAACAAGAAUUUACAGAAACUAAUGGAAGAGUUACAAUACAUGGAAAUGGAAGGAGCUGAGAAGCAAGCGCAACUGGAGCGUGCAUUGAGAGAAAAAGGGGCUGUAGAAAAAGAACUUGAAAAGAUUUAUCAAGAGGGCCCCUCAGAAAUCACCAGAACUGGAAUGACAUUUGAACAGUUACAAAAGAAGAUAAUUAUUGCUGAGAAAACUAAAGAAGAAGCCUUGCAAGCUAGGGAAUCACUUACGUCACUGGUACAUAAAAUGGAAAAGAAGCACGAUCAACAGAAGACGCAGCUACUGCUGGAGAACGAGGAUCUUAAGAAGCGCGUCAAGCAAUUGAUCUUGGAAAGUGAAGAUAUUGCCGCAAACAGACUGAUCCUGAUAGAUGAAAUCGACACUUUGAAGCGGGAAUUGCUGCUUUGCCAAACAACUCAAGAACAAGUAAAGCAGAAGUCAUUUACAGAGGUCGCCUCUCUUGAGCAACGACAUAAAGUCAAAGAGAGACAGUUUGAGGAGAAAUUGCGAAGUGUGGAAGGGAUGAAUGCUCGAUCGGUGAAUGAGUUGCGAGAAAUGCUAACUGCCCAGCAACGGAUGGGUUUUAAGUGGAAAGAAGAAUCACAAGUACUGUCUAAGAAAUUCGAAGAAACUGUAACGUCAUUGAGGAAUGAAAUAUCGAAACAAAGCAAAAGAAACGAUGCAACAAGCCGCGAGCUGGUGGAGGCAAAACGUAAAAGUAAACAGAUGGAAGAUAAUUAUUUAUCGACCAAAGCUCUUCUAGAAAAGGCUCAAUCAAUUGCCGCUGACGCGAAAACAAGAGCGGAAGCAGCCAGUAAGCAGGUUGAAACCUUACUUAACAGAGAAAGGCAGUUAUUGGAAGAACGGAAAAACCUUCACAAAGAGCUAGAAAAGGCACGUCUGCGAAAAAGUAGACCAAGUUCAAUAAAGCGAUUUGCCGAUGGAUUGUCCAACGGUAGUUUUGCAAGUCAACGAGUCGUUCGAGAUUCAGAUAACGUGACGAACUCCACUGGGGACCGAAAUCGGAACCUAGAAUUUGAUAGGGAAACAGCUGGACAUUCCAUUGAUGGGUAUUACCACCCAAAAAGAUAAUAGUUUAAGCAACAUAUGCAGUAUUUAUAUAUAGAGUCUUGUUCUCAUUAAUCGCCGAUGGUCGGCGAUGCAUUGUCAGUGGCCGGUGACAAAAAAAAUAUUUCAAAUAAAAAACACUUUAUUUUGCCAGUGACCACAGGCCAUAGCCACCGCCAAUUGUUGGUGAGAUACAAAAACUAGGCUUGAUUCUUGUAGAACUAUUUAUUGCGAUUUGCAACCUUUGGAAAUAAAAAAGGCAAGCAAGCUUAGCAAGCCAUUGUGCUAACAAAAUGCUUUCAUCAGUA